GCCCUGCGGAAGCGGCGUUAGUGAAUCGGGGCCUUGGGGAGCCCAGGAUGGAGGUGGCGGUCGCGGCGGCGGCGGCGGGCCGAGCCCUGCGGCGGGCUGGAGGAGGUGAGCGCCAGGCCCGCUGAGCCUCCGCAGAGCUGCCAGCCAUGCCCGGGAUCGUGGUGUUCCGGCGGCGCUGGUCUGUGGGCAGCGAUGACCUCGUCCUGCCGGCCAUCUUCCUCUUCCUCCUGCACACCACCUGGUUUGUGAUCCUGUCCGUGGUGCUCUUCGGCCUGGUCUACAACCCGAACGAGGCCUGCUCCCUGAACCUGGUGGACCACGGCCGCGGCUACCUGGGCAUUUUGCUGAGCUGCAUGAUCGCCGAGAUGGCCAUCAUCUGGCUGAGCAUGCGCGGCGGCAUCCUCUACACUGAGCCCCGCGAAUCCAUGCAGUACGUGCUCUACGUGCGCCUGGCCAUCCUGGUGAUCGAGUUCAUCUACGCCAUAGUGGGCAUCGUCUGGCUCACUCAGUACUACACCUCCUGCAACGACCUCACUGCCAAGAACGUCACUCUCGGGAUGGUCGUCUGCAACUGGGUGGUCAUCCUGAGCGUCUGCAUCACCGUCCUCUGCGUCUUCGACCCCACGGGCCGCACCUUCGUCAAGCUGAGGGCCACCAAGCGGAGGCAGCGCAACCUGCGCACCUACAACCUGCGGCACCGCUUAGAAGAGGGUCAGGCCACCAGCUGGUCACGCCGGCUCAAAGUGUUCCUCUGCUGCACUCGGACAAAGGACUCGCAGUCAGACGCCUACUCGGAAAUCGCCUACCUCUUCGCCGAGUUUUUCCGAGACCUCGACAUCGUGCCAUCCGACAUCAUCGCUGGCCUGGUGCUGCUCCGGCAGCGGCAGCGGGCCAAGCGCAACGCCGUGCUGGAUGAGGCCAACAACGACAUCUUGGCCUUUCUGUCUGGGAUGCCGGUGACCAGAAACACCAAGUACCUCGACCUCAAGAACUCGCAAGAGAUGCUCCGCUACAAGGAGGUCUGCUACUACAUGCUCUUCGCCCUGGCCGCCUACGGCUGGCCCAUGUACCUGAUGCGCAAGCCGGCCUGCGGCCUCUGCCAGCUGGCCCGGUCCUGCUCGUGCUGCCUGUGCCCCGCACGGCCCCGGUUUGCCCCUGGAGUGACCAUCGAGGAAGACAACUGCUGUGGCUGCAACGCCAUUGCCAUCCGGCGCCACUUCCUGGACGAGAACAUGACCGCGGUGGACAUCGUCUACACCUCCUGCCACGACGCGGUCUACGAAACCCCCUUCUACGUGGCAGUGGACCACGACAAGAAGAAGGUAGUGAUCAGUAUCCGGGGAACCCUGUCCCCCAAGGAUGCCCUGACGGACCUGACCGGUGACGCUGAGCGCCUCCCGGUGGAGGGCCACCACGGCACCUGGCUGGGACACAAGGGCAUGGUCCUCUCGGCGGAGUACAUCAAGAAGAAGCUGGAGCAGGAGAUGGUCCUGUCCCAGGCCUUCGGGCGAGACCUGGGCCGCGGAACCAAACACUACGGCCUGAUCGUGGUGGGCCACUCCCUGGGGGCAGGCACCGCUGCCAUCCUCUCCUUCCUCCUGCGUCCCCAGUACCCGACCCUCAAGUGCUUUGCGUACUCCCCGCCAGGGGGCCUGCUGAGUGAGGACGCCAUGGAGUACUCUAAGGAGUUUGUGACGGCUGUGGUUCUGGGCAAAGACCUUGUCCCCAGGAUCGGCCUGUCCCAGCUGGAAGGCUUCCGCAGGCAGCUCCUGGACGUCCUGCAGCGAAGCACCAAGCCCAAAUGGCGAAUCAUCGUGGGGGCCACCAAAUGCAUCCCCAAGUCAGAGCUGCCCGAGGAGGUGGAGGUGACCACCCUGGCCAGCACGCGGCUCUGGACCCACCCCAGCGACCUGACCAUCGCCUUGUCGGCCAGCACCCCUCUCUACCCGCCUGGCCGCAUCAUCCACGUGGUCCACAACCACCCAGCGGAGCAGUGCUGCUGCUGCGAGCAGGAGGAGCCCACCUACUUUGCCAUCUGGGGCGACAACAAGGCCUUCAACGAGGUGAUCAUCUCGCCGGCCAUGCUGCACGAGCACCUGCCCUAUGUGGUCAUGGAAGGGCUCCACAAGGUGCUGGAGAACUACAACAAAGGGAAGACAGCCCUCCUCUCUGCUGCGAAGGUCAUGGUGAGCCCCACCGAGGUGGACCUGACUCCUGAGCUCAUCUUCCAGCAGCAGCCGCUGCCCACGGGGCCCCCCGUACCCGCCGGCCUGGCCCUGGACCUGCCCCCCGCAGACCACCGAAACAGCAGCGUCAGGAGCAAGUCCCAGUCUGAGAUGAGCCUGGAGGGCUUCUCGGAGGGGCGGCUGCUGUCCCCGGUGGCCGCGGCCUCGGCGGCCCGCCAGGACCCAGUGGAGCUGCUGCUGCUGUCCACCCAGGAGCGGCUGGCGGCGGAGCUGCAGGCGCGGCGGGCGCCGCUGGCCACCAUGGAGAGCCUCUCGGACACCGAGUCGCUGUACAGCUUCGACUCGCGCCGCUCCUCGGGCUUCCGCAGCAUCCGCGGCUCGCCCAGCCUCCAUGCGGUGCUGGAGCGCGACGAGGGCCACCUCUUCUACAUCGACCCCGCCAUCCCCGAGGAGAACCCGUCCCUGAGCUCGCGCACCGAGCUGCUGGCGGCCGACAGCCUGUCCAAGCACUCGCAGGACACGCAGCCCCUGGAGGCCGCCCUGGGCAGCGGGGGCGUCACCCCCGAGCGGCCCCCCAGCGCAGCGGCCCACGAAGAGCCGGAAGAAGAGGGGGGCGGGCCGGCCCCCCGCAGCGCAGAGCUGGCGCUGCACGACGGGCGUCUGGGGGACUCGCCCAGCCCUCAGGUGCUGGAGUUCGCCGAGUUCAUCGACAGCCUCUUCAACCUGGACAGCAAGAGCAGCUCCUUCCAGGACCUCUACUGCAUGGUGGUGCCCGAGAGCCCCACCAGCGACUACGCCGAGGGCCCCAAGUCCCCCAGCCAGCAAGAGAUCCUGCUCCGCGCCCAGUUCGAGCCCAACCUGGUGCCCAAGCCCCCGAGGCUCUUUGCCGGCUCGGCCGACCCCUCCUCGGGCAUCUCGCUGUCACCCUCCUUCCCGCUCAGCUCCUCAGGCGAGCUCAUGGACCUGACGCCGACGGGCCUCAGCAGCCAGGAGUGCCUGGCGGUGGACAAGAUCCGGACUUCUACCCCCACCGGCCACGGGGCCAGCCCCAAGCAGGAUGACUUGGUCAUCUCGGCACGCUAGCACCCCAGGAGCGGCUGCCAGCUGAGGCCCAGGCCAAAGCCGGUGGCUCCUGCGUCUCCUGGUGACUGCCCCUCACCCCCGCCCCGGGGCUGGGCGGCUUUGAGGAGAGGGCCACCUGUCCCCGCCCCGCACCGGGGUUGAGGGGGGGGCAGGGUAGCCUCAGGCAUUGGGUACUGCUGCUGAGCUGGGGGUCCGCAUCCCUACCUCAGCUUAGGACCCCCAGAGCCAAGGCAGCUGGGAUCUAGGCCUCCCAGAGUGGGAAUGAGGGGGAGGCGUGUGGAGCAAGGAGGAGCCCGGGGCAGCCCGCCAGAGGGGUCCCCUCAGCCUGACUGCCCCCCACAGGGACAUCCUGGCACUCCCUGUUCCAGGACAGGCCAUGGGUAUGCCGACUCCCCAUCACUGCCCUCUGGCUGUGCUGCCAGGGCCGGGAUGGAGAGCAGCAGCCCCCUCCCCACGUACUCUCAUCUGUGGUCCAGGUCUGGCAUCUGCCCUGGCCACCCCCAGAUCUGGUGCCUGCUGGCCAGCCCCCUGGGGGGACCCUCCCUCCGCCCCCCACCGAGGUGGCCCGCAGUGCUGUGUAUGUUUACAGAAGCUGCUGGGCUGGGCUCAGGAUCUGUCCUGGGCUCACAAGCCCCCCACCCUGCAAUCAUGUGUUCAGUAGCCCCUCUCUGAGCAGGUAGGGGCCAGAGUCCACGGGGCCCAAGGCAGGACCACCCCUUCUCUGCUUGCUCUCCCUCAUGCUGAUCUCUCUGUCCAUGGGUCCUGGGUACCCAGGCCUGCCCCACUGCCCAUUAGUUACUUCCGGGCCUGCCUUCUACUCCCAGGGACCCUGGCCACUCAAAGGGUGGAGGGCACAGGUGUGACCACCCCUGGCUGCAGAGUCAGUGCCCUGGGAGGAAAGAGGGUCCCACCAAACCCCUUUUUAAUCACCUUCCCCCAGGCCAAGGCACCCUGGGCCCUGGGAUCUGAAACCAAACACGCCUCCACUCCCUUCGGCUCCCGCUUCUCGCUGGCCUGGGCUCUCUCCUGGGAACGGGGCCCUCUGCCCUCCCACCCCUGCUGGCAGGAAGCAGGGCCAAGGGUGGGGUAUUGUGGGACCCGGCUAGAGACCCUGGAGGGGCCAGGGGCCCCGAGGCCUCCACAGCCCCUGCUUGAGGGGUUCCUUUGCUGCUGGGUUGGGGGAGCAGUGGCAGGGGAGGCCCUGCCUGUCCCCAGAGGCAGAGCGAGGAGGCCGUGCAUGUGGCGCGGGCGUGUGUGUGCAUGUGCAUGAGCGUGCGCCAUCCCGAGGACGCGGCUGCGGGGCGCCCUCCCCGCCCUGCCUGCCUGCCGCCCCCCAGCCUGCCGAGAAAACAGGCGGCCAGCAUGCGGCGGGGACCAGGGGACAAGCCCGUCCCUUUCCCCUCGUCUCGCCUGCUGCUCCGGCCCCCGGUUUGGAAAACUGGUGUGUGCCCAGGCGUUGACCGCCCGCUUGUGCCUUCGUCUCCUCGGAGGCAUGGUCCCCCCCACUCCGGGCCUGCCCAGGCUCCCCUGACCAAGACCCCCAUCUCAUGAUCACUGGUGUCUGGGAGCCCUGCCCACCCUGACAGACAGGGACAGAGACCUGGGAGCUGGGCCUCCCUCACCCUCUGACUCCCACCCCCUCAUCAGGUUCCAUCAGGCACCUGCCCCUGCCGGGGGCCCUACACAGAAACGGGAUGGAAUCAGUGGCUCUUAGAGUUAAAAAAAAAAAAAAAGACAAAUCAUAAAUCAGAAUAAAGUUCCAAUAAGCACCCCAGCCAAUAGCAGGGAGAUUUAGGGUCCGGCCUUUUAAUUCCUCCUCCACCAGGGUGGGCCUGGGACUUCUGAGGGGGCGUGGUGCCCGCCCAUCCCAGGACUGAGCCAUCAGGGACAGACCCCCCCACCCCCAAGGCUGCAGCCACACAGGGUCACAGGCUUGGGGCUGGGGCAGGCUCGGACUCAGCCCUGGUCGCCCCCGGGUCAGCCCACCCCUCACCCGCACCCCCCCUCGCCCCCGCCCCCGCCCCUGGAGGAUGGGCCUGCUGCGUGUCUCCCCCUUCCUCCGCACACCACACGUGGGGGGGUCUGAGCCACCCCCCUCAGCCCAGCUCGGCUCAGACCGACCCCCACUCUGUCCCCCAGACCCGCAGCACAAGGUCUCCUGGCCAUGCACUGGCCUGUCCCCCCAGAGGCCUGGAUGACCUCCAUAUGCAAUCGGCAGUGAGCAGCUGGGCCCCACAGACACUCACGCACUGUACGUGCCAUGCUCCCCUGACUUUUUUUGUACUUAAUGUAUGAAAGAUCCAAACUAAUAUUGCUGUAAAAAGGAGAGACAAAUUAAUAUAGCUUAUUCUAUAAAUAUAUCUGUAUAUACGGGUUUCUGUAUAUUGUAUAGAGCUGUGUAUAAACUGGAUGUAGAAGCA